AUGGCAGCAGCCACAAGUGCGCCGCAAGGCGACAGCGCCACGCCUCCGAAAUCGGACGAAAUCAACCGGCGCCUUAAAGCCAAAUUGAAGGGCACCAAAGCCUCACAGCCCAGCCCUGACAGCGUCACCAGCAAGCCCAGGCUUCGACUGGCACAGCCAUUGACCGAUAGGUUCAAGCGAGGCCUCACGAAGAGGACUGCCAGGUUAAUCAAGAAGCGCGAGGAGAUCGACCGUGCUCUCCUGAGGGAGGCACAAAGAGACCUCCGGAGUCUCUCUGCCAAGGACUGGCUGCCGCGCGAGCUGCUCUUGAGGAACAGUGAGGCACUUGCAAGACGCGAGCGCAGCCACAUCAGGUUUUUGGGAAAGGAGCUUAAGGAGAGGGAGCAUUUCUACCAGUCGGAUCUUUCGACCCAGCGCGCGAACGAUCUCGACCUGAUCAGGAUCGAGCUCUGGAAGUCCAAGCGCCACCUGGGCCCCGACCUCGACACCGAUGAGCGCCCUCCCCAUACUAUAGCACAAGCCGAUAACGAUGACACGUCGUUCUCCGGCUUCGACUCGGAGGGGGAUGAUGGCGAUCGCUCCCCCACGCAAUCCGCACCCGAAUCUUGUUCCGACGCCUCCCCGUUCACCGACAACCAUCUUUUGGACGAUAACAGCCGGAUGGGUGACAAGCGGGACCCGUUGAACUUAGAUGGCGCCUUCGAUGACCAUGCGAGGGCCAAAUCAAAGAAGAGAAGGCUUGAUGAUGACUCGGCCCGUCUCAAGCUUGAGAAGGGGCAAGGGAAGAAGGUCAAGAAGGAGCAGGCGGGCAAGAAUGGGCAAGAGACGGCAGCUACCAAGUCGGAAAGGCAGUCUGACAAACAGAGUGCGUCGGCCCUGUCUACUCAAGUGGAAGAAGCAUAUUCUACUGGAACGAGUGCAGCAAUUGACAGCAUGUCUCAGUUCAAGAAGCCUAAGCAUGUCGAGGCCAGCAACGAGGGGGAUUCUUCCGUCAGCGCCAACCGAGCAGCAAGCAACAGUCUUCUCAAGAACGGUGUGGGCGGCAGCGGUGGCGGCGGCGUCGUCGUGCCCACCAUACAACCAUGGUACAAAAUUCAUGCGAAGGCAAUGAUGGAGCACGACUUCAAUGAUUUUGUACGUGAGCGACCGAGAAGAACCAAAGCGCCGGCCAGGAAAUACCUCGUCAGCGGUGCUCUGCUCUCCCUCCCACGGGACGUUGUGAGCGGUGCCUUGCCUACGCCCCCUACAUCAUCAUCAUCUUGUUCCUCAUCCUCUUCGUCGACGGUGAAGAAGUCGAACAAGACCACCGAACGGCCUGAUCUCAUACAACGCACUGGUCAACUCGGAAAGCGCCAAAAACCUCGCGCUGGACUACGGCAAACUACAUCUCGAGUUGAUUCAGGUCACAGAACCUACUCGCCAUAUAGCAAGAAAUCCUAG